AUGGUUGGAACUGAGGAAGCAACAAGCAACAACUUGAAAAAUACGACGCCAAACGAAACAAUGAGGGUUCCUUCUUCGGACAAAGUUAUCAACCUCGAUCAGGGAGAUCCAACGGUGUACGAGGAGUACUGGCAGAGGAUGGGAGAUAAAUGUACGGUUGUGAUAUCAGGAUCUCAAUCACUGAGUUAUUUUGCAAAAAGCAAGAGCAUUUGUUGGUUUCUAGAAUCUGCAUUGGAAGAUUCCAUAAGACAAUUGCAUCGUACGGUUGGAAAUGCAUCGGCUGAUGAUCAUUACAUAGUUGUCGGGACAGGCUCGACGCAACUGAUCAUGGCUUCCCUAUAUGCUCUAUGCCCUCCAGAUAGGGUCCAGCCCACUCAUGUUGUAGCUGCAACUCCUUACUAUUCGUGUUAUCCCGAGAUUGGUUCGUUUAUGCGCUCGACAUUGUACGAGUGGGCAGGCGAUGCGAAAACAUACAAAGGAGAGGGACCUUUUGUGGAGUUUGUUACCUUUCCAAACAAUCCGGAUGGAGAGAUGCGGGAAGUAGCUGUUAAAGGAACAACCGAGGGGAAGUUAGUACACGAUCUUGCUUACUAUUGGCCGCAGUACACUCCCAUCAAUGUUUGUGCCAAUCAUGACAUAAUGCUCUUCACCUUGUCUAAAUGUACUGGUCAUGCUGGAUCUCGUAUCGGAUGGGCUCUUGUGAAGGAUGAAGUUGUGGCAAGGAAGAUGAUAAAAUUCAUGGAGGUUACCACAAUUGGUGUGUCAAAAGAGGCUCAAAUUAGGGCUGCAAAGAUCUUGGAAGUUGUAACCGAGAGUUGCCCUUCUCUUGGACCGGAAAAUUUCUUCCAGCACUCUCGCCUGAUCAUGGCGGAUCGCUGGAAGAGACUAAGAGAAGUUGUAAAGGAAAUGGAGUUCUUUAGUCUCUUGGAUUACCCAAAAAGUUAUUGUAACUUUGCAAAUGUGUACUCUACAACUCAACCAGCUUUUGCUUGGAUGAAGAGCGAUGAAAACAAAAUAAAAGACCUCGAGAAGCAUUUGAAAGGAGAAAAGAUUCUGACUAGAAAUGGAAAUCGAUUUGGGACCGAGUCGAACUAUGUGAGAAUAAGCAUGUUGAGUACUAACGAGGAUUUUAACAUCUUUCUUGAGAGGAUGCUGGCAAUGAAGGAGACCAUGGAGGCUGUCCAAUACAAUGGAAUUUGA